AUGCGGAUGGGCGUCAGGUCUACCGGCGGGCCGUCUUUCCAGAACGGAGUGAACGGUACCGGAGGUGGCACCAUGCAUAGGAACGGCGUGAUAAUCAACGAGAUACAGAACGGCGGUAUGGUGAACAGGCGUAGUGAGGUGCCACUGAAGUCUGUUGGCAGCGGCGUUGCGCAACGCACUGCAAACCUGCCGACUCUCCCGCGCAGUAGUGGAUCCAUGCAGAGUCUGCAGAGCGAUCUCUACCCUGUGCCGCCGUCGCCCAUGAUCCACGUCAGCUUUCAGAAUAGCAUGAUGAUACCAGCGUACAGCGGCGGUUAUGGGCAGCUGAAUGCCAAUGGUGUGAGAGGCAACUGCCGCGAGCUGAACAGAAUGGGCGUAGGCGGCACUGUGACUAUCGUGCAGGCCGACGACGGCACGAUGCGCGACGUGGACUCCAUAACGCCGAGCGUGUCCCCCAGCAACAAUGUGCAGAAUGGGUGCCACGUGAACACCCCGUCGCUAAGGCGGGGCGACGAGGGCACUGGGCUUACGCCAACGCCGCCGUCGCUGCGCUUCUUGACGAGCUACGAGGAGGAAGAGGUGAAGGACUAUCUGCCGAGUGUGUACUUUGGUGGGACAGAGCAGUGUAAGAAGAUUCACGGCGUCCGCGGCACCGAGAAGAACGACGGCUACGAUGACGACAACUUCCACUACCGCGUCGUCGUCGGCGACCACUUGCUGUACCGAUACGAAGUGGUGAGGGUACUAGGCCAAGGCACCUUCGGCAUCGUUGUGCGCGCGCUCGAUCACAAAUACCACCGCCUUGUAGCCGUGAAAGUUAUCAAGAACAAACCGAACUACACGAAACAGGCUCGCGAGGAAAUCAAUACACUAGAGCUGCUGAACAGGGACGACCCCGAUGACGAGGCGAACAUUGUUCGCCUGCUUGGGUCCCACAUCUUCCGCAAGCACUAUAUCUUGGUUUUUGAAUUGCUGCCUUCCGACCUCUACGCAAUCAUUCAGAGAAAUAAGUUCCGGCCCAUGUCGCGCGACUUUAUCUACGAGCUGUCGGAGCAGCUGCUCACCGCCCUUGUGCACGUGCGCGAACACAAGAUUGUGCACUGCGACUUGAAGCCAGAGAACAUUAUGAUCUCUUACAGCGGCUGCAACUCCAAAUUGGUAGGAGACUCAGCCGAUUUUUCUUUGAAGUUGAUUGACUUUGGCUCCGCCUGUGAGGAGAGUCGGCCUCUCUUCACCUACAUCCAGUCACGCUACUACCGUGCACCGGAGAUCGUGCUUGGUAUUCCGUACACGACGGCCAUUGACAUGUGGAGCUUUGGCUGUGUGCUGUGCGAGCUUGCCAACGGCUAUCCAAUUUUCCCGGCAAGCUGUGAGGGGGAGCUGCUGGAGCGCAUCGUGGAGUACUUUGGGACCAUUCCGUUGUACCUCGUGAAACAGGGUCGCCGCGCCGAUCGCUUCUUUGAAGAUGGCCAGAUGAAAUACAACCUAGGCAAGAAACGUGCCCCGCAUGCGCCGCAUAGCCGAGUGCUAGGGAACUUCUUGAAAAUCGGCCGGAGUCACGAGGACCAGCUCUUCGAGGACUUUGUUGCUAAAUGUUUGCACCUCGACGCGCGGCAGCGACUCACGCCAGAGACAGCACUAGAGCACCCGUGGAUAGAUUUCUGGCGAGGCAGCGGGAGUAGCAUGAGCACAGCGUCGCUUUCCGACUCUUCUUGCUCCCUGUCUUGCUAA